AUGGAUGAGAUGAUGCGCAAUUUGCUGUGGGUACUCCAGGUUGUUGCACUUUAUCUGGACAGGUCCCAGAAGGAUUUGGGCACGCGUCAGGCUUACCUCCAAUGGUACAAAACUUUCAAGUACCAGUCUGGUCUCGUCUACCUCACAAGACAGCUGACGACCUUCGUGUCCGCAUUCGUUGCUCGAGAGCACCCGGACCUAGACGUCGCCCAAGCUACGACCGAGAGUGUCACCUUCAACUUCACCCAUAUCCACAAGGCUCCCUCAAAGUGGCAAGGCGAGGCUUGCUACCGACGCAGCUCCAAUCGAGCGAACAUUAAUUUUGAUCCGGAAAGCCGACUUCUGCCGGUGUCCACCCUCAACGACAGCGUUUUCCAGUCUGUGUGGGCAAAUAGCAAAAGUUCUGCCGAGCGAAUGGCCUUCAACUCUCAGGAAUUCACACUGCUGCAUGAGCUCGUCCACCUGUGUGAGCACCUGGCGAGACUGCAAGAUGGAGCGCUGGGUGCUUUACUCAACGCAGACUCCUAUAUGCUCUUUGCUGCUCAGGUGGCCUUUGAGUACGCUGGUGGAAUCUAUCACAACCCAUCUGGCUGGUACAACCGACGAACAGUUGUCGACAUCAUUAGUACACCACCGUCACAAUACACAACUCCAGCGGAAUGGGGGUUGCAACCCCAGGCGACGCCGCGCGCUGCAGGAUCACCAUCUGAGGUACAACCACGACCACCAUCAGAAUUGCAACCACAAUCACUAAGCCAAACAGCACCGAAGACUCUACCGCAAAAUCAAAAGCCUAAAUUGCUGAAGCCCAAAGUGCUGAAGCCCAUAACGCUAAAGGCAAAAGUCUCGAAGCUCAAAAUCGACAAGAUCGCAAUACACAAGCCAGAGAUUCAGAAGCCCAAGUUCCACAGGCCAUCACUUGGUGCUAAUCUCUUGAAUUCGGCACUUGGCUGUACAAUAUUAUAG